UUUGUCCGGAAUGGGCGGAGCUUCCGGUUCCGGUGGCCGGCUGUAGCGACGGAGAUGGCGGCGGCAGCGGCGACGGCGACGGAGGCUGUGGCCUCCGGUUCUGGAGAACCCCGAGAGGAGGCCGAAGCUCCGGGCCUCGCCUGGGAUGAGUCCCAGUUGCGUAGUUAUAGCUUUCCGACCCGGCCCAUCCCCCGUCUGAGUCAGAGCGACCCCCGGGCGGAGGAGCUUAUCGAGAAUGAGGAGCCUGUGGUGCUGACAGACACAAAUCUUGUGUAUCCUGCUCUGAAAUGGGACCUCGAAUACCUGCAGGAGAACAUUGGCAACGGAGACUUCUCUGUGUACAGUGCCAGCACCCACAAGUUCUUGUACUAUGAUGAGAAGAAGAUGGCCAAUUUCCAGAACUUUAAGCCCAGGUCCAACAGGGAGGAAAUGAAAUUUCACGAGUUUGUUGAGAAACUGCAGGAUAUACAGCAGCAAGGAGGGGAAGAGAGGUUGUAUCUGCAGCAAACACUCAAUGACACUGUGGGCAGGAAGAUCGUCAUGGACUUCUUGGGUUUUAACUGGAACUGGAUUAAUAAGCAACAGGGAAAGCGUGGCUGGGGACAACUGACAUCCAACCUACUGCUCAUUGGCAUGGAAGGAAAUGUGACACCUGCUCACUAUGAUGAGCAGCAGAACUUCUUUGCUCAGAUAAAAGGCUACAAGCGAUGCAUUUUAUUCCCUCCGGAUCAGUUUGAGUGCCUGUACCCAUAUCCUGUUCAUCACCCAUGUGACAGACAGAGCCAGGUGGACUUUGACAAUCCUGACUACGAGAGGUUCCCCAAUUUCCAGAACGUGGUUGGUUAUGAAACAGUGGUUGGCCCUGGUGAUGUUCUUUACAUCCCAAUGUACUGGUGGCAUCACAUAGAGUCAUUACUAAAUGGGGGGAUUACCAUCACUGUGAACUUCUGGUAUAAGGGGGCCCCCACCCCUAAGAGAAUUGAAUAUCCUCUCAAAGCCCAUCAGAAAGUGGCCAUAAUGAGAAACAUUGAGAAGAUGCUUGGAGAGGCCUUGGGGAACCCACAAGAGGUGGGGCCCUUGUUGAACACAAUGAUCAAGGGUCGAUACAACUAGCCUGCCAGGAGUCGAGGCCUCCUGCCAGGUGACUGCUAGCCCGUCCACACCGCUUCAUUGAUGAGGACAGGAGACUCCAAGCGCUAGUAUUGCACGCUGCACUUAAUGGACUGGACUCCUGCCAUGGCCCUGGAGGCAGGUGUUUGGGGCAAGGCAGGGUGGUUGGCGCUCCGCUCCCAUUUGGAGAGACUUCUUGCCCUUGCCUCUGU